UGUACCUUGGGGGGGACAUGAGCGGUAUAAGUGGGGAGAGGAGCUAAGAAAAGCCGUCGCUGCCUCCAACGACCAUCUAAAGCUGCGACUUAAAUCAACUGCAGGUUUCAGCUAUGUGGUUCUACCUAGCCGUCCUGGUGGGACUUUACUUCCUUCGUCGAUGGUACCGAGAGAGACAGACAGUGGAGAAACUGACAGAUAAAUAUGUCUUCAUUACCGGCUGUGAUUCUGGCUUUGGGAACCAGCUAGCCAGGCAGUUGGACUCUCGGGGUCUGCGGGUGUUGGCCGCUUGUCUCACAGAGAAGGGAGCACAGCAACUGGAGAGACUCACAUCGGACCGGUUGAAAACCACCCUGCUGGAUGUCACCAGCACUGAGAGUGUUGCAGCAGCAACUGAAUGGGUGAAAACAUGUGUAGGGAACAAAGGGCUCUGGGGCUUGGUAAACAAUGCAGGUAAAAGUACACCCCUAGCUCACAAUGAAUGGCUGAGAAAGGAGGACUUCGCCGAAGUGCUGGAUGUCAACUUGCUUGGGCUGAUUGAUGUGACGUUGCAGAUGUUGCCCCUGGUGAGGAGAGCCAGAGGGAGAGUGGUCAAUGUAAGCAGUGUGAUGGGAAGAUUAGCAUGCUUUGGAGGAGGGUAUUGCCUAUCCAAGUAUGGUGUGGAAGCCUUCUCAGAUGUUUUGAGGCGUGAAAUUUCUCCAUUUGGAAUGAAGGUCAGCAUGGUUGAACCUGGUGCAUUCAGUACAGGCAUUCUCCAAUUUACAUUAGAGAGCUUCCAGACUUCAUGGAACAAAGCACCCUCUGAAACUAAAGAAGUCUAUGGACAACUAUACUUUGAUAACUUUUUGAAGUCCUUAAAAAUCCUCUUGAAAAACAGCAACAAGAACCUCUUCUUGGUCACUGAUUGCAUAGAACAUGCCCUGACCUCCUGCUACCCUCGUGCUCGCUACAGUGGUGGCUUGGAUGCCAAACUCUUCUACCUUCCAGUGUCUUACUUGCCCAGCUGGGUAUCAGACUUCAUAGUAACCUACUCUUGGCCAAAACCAGCACAAGCAGUGUCAGGAUGAACCUCCAAACCAUAGUUUCCUGUUAAGGGUUUAAUAUCCUAAUACAAGUGGUCCUCGAUUUGCAACAGUUCAUUUAGUGACUGUUUGAAGUUACAAUGGCACUGAAAAAUAGUGACUUAUGGCCAUUUUUCCCACUUAACAGCAUCCCCACGGUCACAUGAUCAAAAUUCAUACGCUUGGCAACUGGCUCAUAUUUACGAUGGUUGCAGCGUGAUUCCCUUUUGCAACCGUCUGACAAAAUCAAUGGGAAAGCCAGAUUCCCUUAACAAUCGGCAUUACUAACUUAACAAUUGCAGUGAUUCACUUAAUAACUGUGGCAGGAAAGGUCGUAAAAUGGGGCAAAAUUCACUUAUCAACUGUCUCGCAUAGCAAUGGAAAUAGAAUAGAAUAGAGCUGGAAGGGACCUUGGAAGUCCUCUAGUCCAGCCCCCUGCUCUACCAUUUCAAUGUUGGACUCAAUUGAGGUCAUAAGUCGAGGACUACCUGUAUAAUGCAGAAUAAUCAAUAUCUAGAAAAAGAGCCAAUAAUAUUUCAUCAGCUCUGAACUGUUGGGUCAUACAUCUUAAGCUGCCUUGCAACACUAAUUGACUUGAGUGGUCUUGUAGAAAUAAUAACAAGGUACACUUUGUGCAGCCGUAUGACCUGGCCUAGAAAGGCUUAUGAAUUCUACAGAAUCCUAGCAACAAUUUCUAGAAAAGCAAUAAACCACCGCACAUUUCCGAUGACAUUUUUGAUCAGUGCUUUUGUUUGUAAAAAUGAAUUUAAAGAAAGCUUCGAAAAAUAAUUUUCUGGAACAAAAUUAUAUUUGAAAUGAUAAACCUGAA